AUGGCCGCAACACUACUUCUGGAAGGUGGAUGCCUCUGCGAAUCUGUUCGCUACAAGAUCACCUUUCCUGAACACCACGAUCUCUCCAAAGACACUCUGGGCUGUAUCUGUCAAUGCACUCAAUGCCGCAAACAAACUGGCAGUUUCUUCCUGGCAACACUCACCGUUCCUGUCGCAACCAUUCAGUGGCAAGGCGAUUCGGAGAGUAGGAUAAAACGAUACAACAAAACAGAAAGCAUCGACAGAGGCUUUUGCGACACAUGCGGGUCGUUUCUCUUCUGGCACCCUCGAGGAAAAGCAAUAAGCAUCGCCACUGGAAGCCUCGAUCCUAUCUAUCUGUUUGGCGAAGGCGCAGAAAGCACGGGUGACCAUAUACCAAAGGAGGGUGUCGCGGGACAGAUAUUUAGUGGAUGGUUUAAUGUCGAGUUCUGUGAAAGUGAGAUCAAAGGUAUUACAGACGACAUGCCAGUACUUCAUAAGGGAAAGAGACAUCAGGGUGAUAGCUCGGCAACUUGA